AAUUCGCGCUAAAAAGAGUCAAAAGCAGCCUGAUAUCAGACUUAAUGAUCCCUCAUUACAGGAAACAUUUCAACUAAACAUCACAAAUAAAAUCAGCAGAACAGAUUAAACAAAUUAUCUAGGAGGGGAAUGAGACUGGGAACCGUAGGAAGCUUUUCCCAGUAAAUGAAAUUAAGGGCUAUAAUUAAUAUUGGAACACUAAAUAACGACAGAGAAAACUAAUUUGGAUGUCUAGGUUACCUUUGACAUUUGUUAGCCAUACAAAUCCUGAUAUCGUGACAUGCGCUGCAGUUUAAUUCCCUCCGUGAGAGCGCAUGGUGCAUCUGCAGAAGUGUGGCCAUGUGACCAUCCACACAGGAAGAGGAGUUGAGAAAUGAGUCAGAGAUUCCUCCUCCGCACAGAAAUCAGACAAAAAGUCCUAAAAAUCCAGCCCGGAGCGCCUUUCCAUCAUCACCAUGCCGUGCUGCAGGCUGCGCGCUCUGUGUCAGUAUGAAACCAACAAGCUGGUCCGGAUCCAGAGCGUCCGGCUCGGCUCACUCAAGUGGAGUCUGAACGGAGCCAUUCUGCUCUUCAUCUGUAUCAUGAUGUUAUGGAACAGGAAGUACCAGGAGUUUGACCUGGUGGUCAGCUCGGUUACCACAAAGGUAAAGGGUGUGGCUCAGGCGCCCCUGCCCGAGGUCGGGAACAUGGUCUGGGAUGAGGUGGACUACAGCGGGCCUUGGAAGGGGAAGAACACCUUCUUUGUGGUGACCAACGCAAUUGUGACAAAGAAUCAGAAGCAGGGGAAAUGUGCGCAGGUUCCUCUCAAAGGCAGAUUCUGUCACACUGAUAAGGACUGUGAGAAAGGAGCCUGGGACCAGCAGAAACACGGGAUUCAAACGGGAUCGUGUGUGAAGUUUGAUUUAUCGAAGAAAACCUGUGAAGUUUCUGCGUGGUGUCCGAUCGAAACCAGAUCGACUCCUCCAAGACCUGCUCUGCUGGCAGCAGCUGAGAACUUCACUGUCCUCAUCAAAAACAACAUCCGAUUCCCAGCUUUCAACUACAUCAGAAGGAACAUCCUCCCAGAGAUGAACGACGCCUACCUGAGGAACUGCCACCGAGGAAACGACUCCCUGUGCCCCAUCUUCAGACUGGGAGACAUCGUCCGAGAGGCCGGGGAAAGGUUCUCUGAGAUGUCAGUGGAGGGAGGCGUCAUCGGCAUCCUGAUCAAAUGGGACUGCAACCUCGACAGGCUCAUGCAGCGCUGCCUUCCCAGAUACUCUUUCAAGCGACUAGAUGAAAAAGAGAGCAACAAGACGCUCUAUCCAGGCCUCAACUUCAGGUUUGCAAAGUACAACACUGUGAAUGGAGUGGAGGAGCGAACACUCUACAAAGCAUUUGGGAUCAGAUUUGAUGUCAUGGUAUUCGGACAGGCGGGAAAGUUUAGCUUCAUUCAACUCAUCAUCUACAUCGGCUCAACGCUGUCCUACUACGCCCUGACAACCAUCCUGAUCGACUGGUUGAUUGGAACCAGCUGUUACUCUGCAGAGGUCGGUCAAAACUACUCUGAAAGGAAAGUGGAAUCAAUCCAAGAUCAAGAGAAGGUGAAGUGCAUCCUUUGUGUUUCCUACAUUGAUGAGAACAACCUUCGACUGGUAAAACGCUCACAAAAGAAAAGUUUACAGGUCAUCAAACCGAUGUCUGUUCAGCCACGUAAGGAGGAUCCAGGACACUUGAGAGCCAUUCUCUGCCUCCUACAGCCAAGUGAUGACACCAAUGAUGAUGUUCAGCCUUCCCUUGGCAAGAAAACCGAUCCAAAUGCCAAACCCCAUCGUCCAGCCUGGUGUAUGUGUGACUCCUGUGCUCCUUCCUCCCUCCCAGAGGAGGAGUUGUGCUGCAGGCGGACCGAGGGCACCUGCAUCACCUCGUCUCCUCUGUUUGGGCAGCUGGUGCUGCGGCGCUCCCUGCUGGAGGCAGUGCUCCUGUACCAGGAUCCCCUGUCUCCUUCAGUGAAAAAGCUUCAGACUGCCGCCCUGCGUCACUGUGCCUACAGAGAGUACAUCAGCUGGUGGUUUGGGGUCCCACCCAAUGACACCCAUCCUGCCAUUCCUAGCUGCUGCGUGUGGAGAAUCAGGAGGGAGUACCCGAGCCCAGAUGGACAGUACAGUGGUUUCAGACCUGUAAAGAUGACUUCCAUGCAAGCCUGUGAAAACGGAGAACUAUGAAAGGAGUGUUUUCAAUUUACAGAGCAGGGAAGCCCUCACUAACUGACCUACUAACAAUGUUCAUGUACCGUCUGCCUUACAAAGCAAAGCAAAAAUGCAAAAACUUUACUCAUUUGUCCAGAAAAUGAAACUUAAUCAGUUUGUCAGCUUGUGUUCGGUGAAGGAAAACUUCACUAAGUCAAUAAAUUACUGCAUUUUCUCAAAUCUGUCAAGUCGUUUGGCUGCUUGGCUGCCAUUUUUCUUACAUUCUCUCUCUUUAUGCUGCUUUUUGCCUUUAUAGGGCAGGAAUAACUCUAAUCGGGCUCAGACAAAGAUUUUCUCCUGCCAGGAAUGUGUUCACAUUCAUCAAAUUAUAUGGAAAGAUGGAGAGUUUUGUUCCAGGAUGGGAGAGAAACAGCCCUGAGUAGAUUUGGCAUUUUUUCCUAUCUCCGCUAAGGUUCACUAACUGCAGUAAGGUGGGGAGCCUGAGUGUGUAUUUUCAUUUGUACACAGAUGAGACUAAAAACAGCAGCUGGUUUUUUGGGUUAAUGGAAAGUCAUCGUGUUAUUGGGGUUUAUGUUUUUCAGUAUUGCCAUUUCACUCUGUACUCCUGAUUUCAUUCUGCAUGUAAAGAAACUGUCUACUGCACAGAGGGUAAAUUUUUAUAUAACUGACCAGUUUAACUUUUAUCAAGCUUACAGUUGGUGUUAUUAAUGGAAUGGACACUGUUACUGACAGGUGCGCCCAUAUAGGCAGACUGCUGGGCUUCACUAAGCAAAUUCAUGUCACAAAAAUGGAACACUUGACUAUUUUUGUGUUGUUGGUGCCUUUUAUGUGAUUUGGACUGGACUUUUCUUCCCUACUGGAGCAUUUAAAGUGCUUUAAACAACAUUCCUCAUUCACACCCAUUCACACAAGCAUGCUUUUCUACAUCUACAGGGAGUGCAGAAUUAUUAGGCAAGU